AUGGCUUUGUUUUCUGCAAGGACCCUUAUUGGUGCGAGGAUUGCCUUACUUACAUUUGUGGCAUAUCAUUUGUUGGUCUCGCCCCGUACAGUAAUUGAAUACUCAGGUGUUUUAGUCCUUGCAUCGUCGAUGGAUCUACCAUUGUUGAUGGUGAAUGAAAAGUCACCGAUUUAUGGGACAAUUGGUGUUGUUCUUAUCACAUUGUUACUAUCUGAUAUUGCCGCACUGCUUGAUGGUAAUAUGAAGUACUUCGAAACUACAGUCUUUUGCAGGUUGCUCUUCUUUUUCCCUCUCUGUGCAUACUGCUAUCUUGGAACGUGGGUUGUCUUGUGUAACAGUGUCAUCUUUUCUUAUGCAUUCAUUGAAGCGUGGUUUGGUAUCCUAACUUUCUCGACUUUAAAAGAGGAGAAAAUGAAUAGAGCUAGAGAUCAUGCUAAAAAGGAAGCUGAGAUCAAGGAGAAAUAUGAGAGAGGAGAACUCCAAGGUGAGGAAAAGAAGAAAUACGAGAAAAAGCUCGAGAAGGAGGAGUAUGACAAGAUUAUGAAUGAAUUUAAAAGUUAG